CCUUCCAAGAGCUCCCAUCAGGACCAGAGAGCGCAACGCUUUUACAGCGGUGGAACAUAACCUAGAAACAUGUCCUUUUGACAACGAUGCUGAUUUUAGGCUGUCGCUCCGGUGCCAGUACGGAACCUCACAUGCAAACUUUCCAGCAUGAAGACCCGUACAGCGGCCGUUUGCUAGAGUGUCAACUCUGCCCGCCCGGAACCUACCUCCGCAAAGCCUGCAGUGAUGACAACGGUAAAAGCGAUUGCGCGAAGUGCCCAACUGGCUCAUUCACGGAGCUUUGGAACUACAUACCCAAGUGCCUGCGCUGUGGAAUGUGCGUGGGGAACAGGGUAGUCAAAAAGGAGUGCACCCCUUCUCAAAACUGCGUGUGCGAGUGCAAGCCAGGGCAUUACUUUAACAAGUGGCUUCAAGACUGCACCAGACACACAGAAUGCUCUUCGGGUUACGGUGUGAUAUCUAAAGGCACAGCUGAAAAAGAUUCCAAAUGUGAACAAUGUUCGAGUGGAUUCUUUUCAGUUGAAUUAUCCUCUGACGCUCCGUGCACACCUCACUCCUCGUGCACUGCCGCGGAUAAACACGUGGUGCUAAAAGGUCGCACCUGGCACGAUGUCAUUUGCGCAUCAUGCGCUGAGAUCAUCAGCCGCGAUGGUGCCGAAUUCCUACGACAAAUCCUUCCAGGUUUCGUAUCUCACCACAAGAUGAGCGUUAGUAAAAUGCGUCGGUUUGUGAAGAAUUAUCCACCUGCGGGAUCCAGCAGACCAACACGUGCCAGCAUUUUGCGACUUAACCAGAGUGACCUUAUCGGACGAAUAAAAAGUUGGGUUCAUAUGGCCACUGUUGAUCAGAUUAGAAAACUACCAGAGACUUUUAUGAAAUUGCGGAUUCUGGUUGCAGAUAAACUGCAGUGGAAGCUGGAGAGAAUAGAUACUUUAGUUAAACUUUGCAAAAGUAAAGAAGAGGUAAAUAUGUUAUAAUAGCUCAUAGAAGGUAUGCUUAUUAUUUAUGGUAUUUAUUACAAAUCUUCCUCAUUUUCUCUAGUAUACAUUUAAUACACUGUUGCAUGAUGACGCCAUCAACUAUUCAAUAAUGUUUACAAUAAAGAUCGUUUAUC